AUGGAGAUCCCUGAAGGUUUUGAAAGUCAGUUUCAGCCAGGACAAGUGUGUAUACACAACAAGUCACUAUACAGCCUGAAACAGUCACCGAGAAAAUGGAAUCAAAAAUUUGAUAGUUUUAUGACUGACAUUGGUUUUGAGAAGAGUGCUAGAGACAACUGUGCUAACAUCAAAACCCUUGAGGAUGGUUCUAAGGUUUACUUGCUCAUCUAUGUUGAUGACAUGUUGGUGGCAGCAAAAGACAUGAGUGUGAUUUCAAGUUUGAAACAAAAACUCAGUGAAAGAUUCGGAAAUGAAAGACUUGGGAGCAGCAAAGAAGAUUCUUGGCAUGGAGAUCAUAAGAGACCGAGAAAGAAGACAACACUUCUUGUUAAUGGUUAUGCUAUGAUGAGAGAUCCUGAAUACUGGGACGAUUCUCUAGUGUUUAAGCCAGAGAGGUUUCUAACUUCUUCAAGCAAAAAAGAUGAGAUAAGAGACGAAGUCCUAAAAUACAUUCCUUUCGGGAGCGGCAGAAGAGGCUGUCCUGGAGCAAAUCUAGCUUAUGUCUCUGUAGGAACCGCGAUUGGAGUGAUGUGUCAAUGCUUUGAUUGGAAGACCAAAGAAGAUAAGGUCAACAUGGAUGAGGCUGCUGGAAAAAUAACCUUGACCAUGGCUCAUCCUCUUAAGUGCACUCUUGUUCCUCGAACCCUAAUCCGUUUAACUUCAAGUAUGCAAAUUCCCAUUUCCUGA